CACACACACACACACACACACACACACACGGAAUGAGUCAGUCUUCCAUUUUUUUCCUUAAAACACGAACGUGCGAACUUGCAAGCAGCUGCUGGUGGACUCACUUUUAAAUGGCUAUGUUUUUCUCCUCUGACGCUUUAUAUCCACACCACUUUUAAUGAGCUCACAUUGCCUCAUGAUGUUUGCUCACCCACAAAACUAGUUAAGGACAUGGUGACACGAUAGCAAGUAGAACAGGACAUGACUGGCAAUGGAGUUGGGGGUUAUGACUCUGCUCUAAUGACAGACCUUCAAAGUAGGAUCUAUCACAUGCCUGCGUUUCACCAAUCAAAUGCAGUCACUGGUGACGUUUCACCAAUCAAACAGAGCCAGGCGGUCACAUGAUUAACUGCACAUAAAGUUUCAGCGGCAACAAGCUUAAGCUUACAUGAACUCAACGUCAAAUUUGAGGAAGCACAUGGCGGCCCGUCUGCGUCUCAGGGACCAGGCCUCGCCAUGCAUCUCCACCAGCUCAACCGGGAGUGUCUCCUGCACCUUUUCUCCUUCCUGGACAAGGACAGCCGAAGGAGUUUGUCUCUUACCUGCGAGCGGCUGCGUGACGUCUUCCUGGACCCCCGCCUGUGGAACCUGCUCCAUUUCUGCUCGCCCUCUGAGCUGAGGAGGGACAACUUUGUGCUGGGAGUCUCCUUGCGUCACCUGUCUGUCUGCUGGUACUCCAGCAGGGUCCUGAAGGUGUGCAACAUCGAGGACUGGCUGAAGAGCUCCUUUCAGAGGGACAUCUGCAGAAAACAUGAGGGAUUGGUCAGCACCUUCCUGGCUCAUGUCUGCCGCAUGUGCCCUAACCUGCUCUCCUUGAAGCUGGCCGGCUGCGGUCACAUCACAGAUCAGGAUGUCGUCUCGCUGUUGCAGAGCUGCAGGAAGCUGCGCCGCCUCCAGCUGGAGAACUGCGUCCGCGUCACGGACGGCGUCCUGGACGGCUCGGUGGCUCACGGCGCCGCCCUGGAGGAGGUGAAGGUGGACUUCUGCAGGAACAUCACGCCGGAGGGGCUUAGGGCGGUGCGGGAGAAGAGGCCUGGCGUCCGACUGAGCGCGGAGAGGAGUGCGACCAUGAUGCCAGACAGCAAGCCUGAGGAGAAGGUGGCGCUCAGGAGAAGCUUGCAGAAACUUCUGCAAUUCUCCUGAGAGCAGAACGCAUGUUUUUACAGGAAUUUGUUUACAAAACCCAAAAGCAGUGAAGUUGGCACGUUGUGUAAAUGGUUGAUUCGCAAAUUCUUUUCAACUUAUAUUCAAUUGAAUAGACUGCAAAGACAAGAUAUGUCAUGUUCAAACCUUAUUUAUUUUUUAAAAUAAUCAUUACCGUAUUUUCCGCACCAUAAGGCGCCCUGGGUUAUAAGCCGCGCCUUCAAUGA